AAUCGACAUCGAUUCGACGUCAUUUCGACAUCGAUCGACAAGUCAUUUCUCAAUGGGAAGAAUUCUUUUUACAUCUGAAAAUGAAUUGGUGAUAUACGACUGAAUGUUUUUGAAUUCUCUGUGCUAUCUGGAUGGGUAGUGUCAUAAUUGAUUACCCCGCAAGUUCGUGAAUAGUAUAUAAUCUUAACCAUUUAAUGCAUUGCUGACUUCAUCGGAAAAGUCUGCACCAACUAUUGUGUAAGCAAAUAUUCCAGAAUAAAAAAGAAAGUCAGAGCGAUAAGUGCGAAGAAGCGUUAAGCGAUAAGGAUAAUUAAACAGUAAUGUCACGGCCUCUCUCAGUGUAAAGAAGCAGCUGUGCGAUAAGUACAAGACAAGUGAAUUCUUGGUCACAGUGAAAAUUAUGGACUUAUAAAGUUCAAUUAUCGUGCGAUAACUUGCAAGGUGGUUUAGAUGAUACAUUCGAAUAUUUCGCAACAUCCGAUCUCACAUAAAAUCGCUGCUAGAAGCAAUGACGUGAAGCAAUACAGAAAAGAAGAAGAUAAAAAAGAACAUCUGUCAUUGUCAAUAACUAUCGAAGGCGGAGACUGUCGACGACCAAAUUCAAUAAAAUCGGCGGUUACACUUGCAUAAGAGAUUAGUCUCGUACGGGCUGUUAAGGCGAUAAGUCGUUUCUAAAUCAUUCGCAAACGAUUAUGUCAUCACUAUCAUCUUCCGAGUCGCAAAAAGAGACGCCAGGCAUCAGCAAUAGUAAUGCUAAUGCGAAAAAUGUUUUUAAUAACAAAAAUGUGGAUGAGAAGUUUCUCGAAAUUAAACCGGAAGGAAAGGUCUUGGUAUUAUAUACGGGUGGUACGAUAGGAAUGCUGAGGAACAAGGAGGGAGUAUUAGCACCGGUAAUCGAUGAAUUUAUCAUGGCUCUACGAAAAUUUCCACAGUUACAUGACAGCGAGUAUGCCUCUAGAAAUUACAGUGAGUUAGAAGAAUCAUACUUAGUGCUUCCUGAAACUGCAGCCGACAAUCGUCGAAUUAUUUACAAGAUAUCUCAAUACUCAAAUGUGUGCGACUCUAGCAACAUAACUAUGAACGAUUGGAUUCGUAUUGCUGACUAUAUCAAGGAAUGUUAUGAAAAUUACGAUGGAUUUGUAAUCCUUCACGGUACAGACACACUAAGCUACACAGCAUCCGCUUUGUCCUUCAUGUUCGAGGACUUGGGCAAGCCGGUCAUUCUGACUGGUUCGCAGGUACCAAUCUUUCAUCCAAGGAGCGAUGGUCUAGAUAACUUCCUCACGUCGCUGGUGAUCGCAGGUAGUUACAAUAUACCUGAAGUAUGCAUUUUCUUCGGGACGAACUUAAUGCGCGGCAAUCGAACGAGCAAGGUGUCCGCGUGCUCGUUCGACGCUUUCCAGUCACCGAACUGCUUACCUUUGGCCACGGCGCAUAUCAAGAUUAAAGUUGAGUACGAUUCGUUUUUCCGACCAUGCACCUUGCAGAAGUUCGAUGUACACACCUUUCUUAAUCAAAAUGUGGGUCUACUUCGACUGUUUCCUGGAAUCACGUACAAAUUAGUUAAAGCGUUUCUUCAACCACCCAUCGAGGGAGUCGUGUUACAGUCUUAUGGUUCAGGAAACAUCCCGACAAAUCGCAAAGAUAUCAUCAGUGCACUUCGCGAAGCAGCGGCUCGUGGUGUGAUUAUCGUGAAUAUUACGCAAUGUAUGACUGGAUCCAUCUCAGACAUGUACGAAGCUGGAAAAAUGCUCCGGGAAGCCGGUGUGACAUCUGGCUUCGACAUGACUCCGGAAGCCGCGUUGACAAAACUCGCGUACGUCUUAUCGAAAAGCGAGUGGGACACAAAAACCAAACAAAUAAUGAUGGAAACUAGCUUACGAGGUGAACUGACAUCUGGCCGGUUGCCCAACAUCAGGGAUUCUGACUUAUUGAAAGCUGUGGAACAAUCGUUGAGAUUAUCCUCAACAGAAGAACUUCAGAAUAUAAAAUCGUAUUUGCUUCCAGCUAUGCUCAACGAUGCAACAAUCAAACGCAAUAUUAUGAAGCUGAAGCAGUUAAAAGAAUACAAUGCGGAUAUGACGCAAGGAAACGCAGAUGGCCGAACAGCUUUGCAUAUUGCUUGCUGCGGGGGAAAUAUAGGAAUCGUUCGGUAUCUUUUAACUGUGGGCGCAAACGUUCAUGCUAAAGAUCGGUUUGACCGCACACCUCUCAUCGAUGCGAUAGAAAACGAUCAUCACGAGAUUAUUUCGGUGUUGCGAAUGUGUGGCGCACAUCUUCACUGGGAACCUCGACUAUUAGGAGAAAAAAUGUGCGCGGCUGCGGUCGUAGGAAACAUUGAACGCUUGCAAUCAUACCGUCUGGCUGGCGCCGAUAUAUCGCAACCGAACUUUUCUGGACAAACGCCACUACAUUUCGCAAGUCUUCACCGUCGCAAGAAUAUAAUUAAAUACUUGCUGGAAUGCGGUGCUGACCCGCGCUGCGUCGACAUGCUAGGACAAAUCCCAGCAGAUCUUAUGAAAAUUGCUUCAACACAUCCCAAACGAAUAUGUGAACAGAGUAAAGAGCAGAGCAAAGCUGAAUUACUAAUGCUAUUAGAUCUUUAA